CGCCGUUCUCUGUCACUCCAUGGCUGGGGUGAGGAGGCAGGCACAGGGCACCUCAGGCAUCCUUCAGCUGCCGUGCGAGGGAGGCUCCAACCCUCGGCAUCCGGUACCUGACGAAGGCGGGUGGUGCCUUUCCACGUCCUCUCCUCCGAGCAGGGGAAAGAGCCGCCACCGCUUGGUGCCAUGCGGAGGGGAAUGGCGCUGGGUGCCUGGGUGCUCCUGGCCAGCCUGGCCGGGGCCAGCUGGGGUGUCGGAGGACAGAAGAUAACCGUGAAAGAAGCCAGCGGGAAGGUGUUCCUAGAGUGUCCAGUGGGCAGCAACAGUCAAAUUGUAUGGUACAAAGAUGGGAAUUGGGUAGAAAACACAACACAGCUGGAUUUGGGUGCAAUUUACGAUGAUCCCAGAGGUAUCUAUACAUGUGAAGCAGACAAAGGAAAGAGAAGCCCUCCCUUCCAGGUGCACUACCGAAUGUGCCAGAACUGCAUCGAAGUGGAUGCUGCCACCAUCUCGGGGAUCGUGGUGGCAGAUGUCGUCGCCACCGUCUUCCUGGCGGUGGCUGUGUAUUGUAUCACUGGGCAGGACAAGGGACGCAUGUCACGAGCUUCUGACAGACAGAACCUGAUUGCCAAUGAGCAGCUCUACCAGCCCCUUGGUGAGCGUGACAACGAGCAGUACAGCCGGCUGGUACCUGCCAAGGGCCGCAAGUGAAGUGGGAAGAUGCUGGAACCUGUGAGUCCUUCACACCAGGGGUGCUCCCGCAGCAAAGCCACCACCAGUGCCCAACAGCAUUGGUACCCUGCUCUGGCACUGCCUUUGUAAGCUUCCUGCUGGCAGAAGACAGUGUGAGUUUUUCCCUGGAGAGCCCUGCAGCUCCUUGCUGGGAUGUGCUGCUCGCAGCACUCUGCCCUUCCCGUGACCUCGUGCAUUUCUGUAUCGCUCCUAUUAAAGAUGAGCCUAU